AUGCCACGGCCAGUUCGACACACAAAAAGCUCUGUUCUACUUGAAUAUGGACCGUCUUUUUCUUCUGGACCUCAAGCAUCCUCUACACCAACCCAAGAUCCAUCAAACAUAACAUGGACGUCAGAUUUAUCACCUAUUGAAACAUCUGAACCAAACAGAGAUAUAGAUAUACAAACAAACACAUCUCCUGAUCCAUUUGGGUUCAAAGAAAUUCAAGGAAUCCAUCCAACACUUAAAAUCAAACACUUAAAGCCAUUACUAAAUGAACCAGAAGUAAGUGACGAAACGCCAUUUUCAGACUUUUCAUCAUUAUCGAAAAACAAAAGCCCUUUUCAAGAAUCAUCAAGUGAAGAAGAUUCAAGUCCACUACCAAAACAAAGAUCUAUAAGGGCUAAACCAAAAAAUUUAAAAUACAAAGAAAACGAAAAUGAAAAUGACAAUUAUUAUCACAAAAAAAAAAAAAAAUACACCAAAAAACAUCAAAAUGCAUCAGAAGUUGUAAACAUGGAAGAUAAAGUCAUAAUCCUUGAAAAAGAUACAAAUGAAUUUGAUAUAAGGAAACAUGCUAUAUCUUCAAAAAGCAUUAUAGAAUACUUUAAAGAAGUUGACAAAUUCGAAUUAGACGUAGAAGAUGUCCCUGCAAACCACACUAGUGAUUAA